AUGAUGCGCCCCAGUGACCCGCGGAUCCGCCAAACGAUCAAUCGAUUCUCUCACAAUCUUGAGUCGGCGAACGAGUCGGCCCAGGAAGGCCUCUAUGCCUUCUCUCAUCACUACAUCACUCCCUGCGUCGCUGCGAUCGGAAACUGUGUCCACGCAUGUGCUGCGCCCUGUCUUCCCAGUCGGGAAGACCAACUACGCCGCCGGCGACGAGGCCGCGCGGAGUCCGUCUUUGACUUCUACGACGACUGGGACAACGAGGCUACCGGGGAUGGGAUUCUGGGGUGGGGACACGAUGAGCUCGAUCGGCUGCUGGCUGGCAGCGGGCUGGCGCGCGGAGGAGGCUCGGAGCAGCCGCGCAAGCAGCGCAAGAUGAGCUACGGGACUCGGAACGUGCGCAGGAAAAGCAGUCUCUUGGUUCCAGAUGAGCGCAACGAUCCGACGGUCAUUCCGAGCUCCUCCUUUCUCGGCUUCCUGGAGCGCUUCCCGUGGCGGGUGGGUGCGCGCGGUCUCAAGUACCGGCCCUCGGCUGCUGACCUUCAAGAUAAUCCUGGGGGGCUGCGAAAGCACCUCCCAGAAGAUGAGCCCCUCAUGGAGGCGGCUGAAGAGGCGGAAGACGGUCCGUCGUACCAGAGGCAUUUGGUACAUGGGCGGGAGCGCAGUGGGACUCACUCGUCGCGGGGAACAAGUAAUUCCCUCAGCUCACGAGGCGAUCUUAUUCUGAGUGAUGAGGAAGAGGAUGCGGUUCCGUUGGACGAUGAAUUUGCUUUGACGUUAGGGCGUCGCAACACCGGUAUCGAGACCGAUGAGACGCCCGGAGGGAAACCGGCGUCUAUGAAGCGGUCGAUAUCUGGCACACUCAGUCAACGGACGAUGUCGUCCAAGGGUUCGCGGAAGAAGGACCGAAGAAACACCAAUCGAUCGAAACGAGUCUCAGAGGCAGCCGAGAUGGUUCACGAGGUUGUGACCCCGUCCAUAGAGGAUCUGAAGCUGGAAGACAAGCGAGUCGCUCUCGAAGAGGAGUCAGAAGUCUCGAGGAAAAGGGUCGCUGCUCAGAAGCUAGCAGUCUCCAAGGGUCUGGACCAGCGAGAUGGCAAGGUAAGAAAGAAAUCCUUCCUUUUUAUCUCUCAUUUGCUCUCUCUGUAUUUCUCGAAGCUCACUCGUACACAGAACGCUCCCUGGGACACCAAUGUGGGCUCAUCCGCGGCAUCAGCAAAUGGGGGUCCUCAUACGGCUAUCGGCAUGGUCAGGUCAUUCAGCCAGUCGUCGGAUUGGCAAUCCAUGAAAGAUCAAACAGAGCCCUUCCCACCUUUACCACAAACCCCUCCUUCAAACGUGCAAAGCGAUGAAGCUCCCGAACCACCCUCACCUUCAUCUCAGUCAGAUUCGGCACCCAUGGUCUCGGCCGAAGAUGAUUUACCCUCAGACCCGGAUGAAGACUAA